AGCAGCACUCAGGGUAGCACGCUGCUAGCUCUACAAGUACAACUAACUAAUUUUACUUUACAAGUCCUCGCUAAAAUUAUAAUGAUCUGAACAUGAUGAUACAUGUAUGAACGUCUAAGUAACCCUGUCCUUGGAGUGGUUCCUCUGCCCUGAACAGAUUCCGUUGUAACACACUCCAAGCACUAUUUAGCUGCUGUUUACUAGACAAUACUGUGCUCUGUGUUAGGUGCAGCGUAGAUCUACCAGUAGUGCUAGCGUCUUCCGAUGUCCGAUUUAUGAGACUCUUCAUCUAGCAACGACUUCGACUUACGAAUGGUCGUUACGUAGAUCUACGUAGCGGUAACAAAUCCGGUUCUGCGUGUUACUAGCGGGUCGUCACUGAGUCCAGCAUGGCGGAAGGGGCAGGCGAUUCACCCCAGACGGUGAGAUCAAAGCCAACGGGUCCGGGUAGUGCAGGCAAGCAGGACCCCGAGGAUGGCCAAGACAGCGCACUUGUGGAAGGACUUGCAACACGACGAGAAGCACUGGCGGCUUGGAGCAAGAACAACAAAUGUCUUUCCUUUCACCUGUUUGUUGCGUUUGCACUGUCCAUUGCGGUGUUUUGUGUUGGAGUUUACGUGCAUCAUUCGCUUGACUCAACCAAUGUGUUCGUUGGUCUCAAUGCCGUGCCUUGGUUGGCAGCAAUGCUGACCGGCAUAACGCUUGGCUUUUUCCUACCAACCCACAUGCAAUCUAGUCAUCCCAGUGGAAACGGUACUCUAGCAGAGAAUGUCUGGGCAGUGUUCUUGGUGUUGUCACUUAUUCUGGACUUGCUGACCAUGUGCUUCGCUGCUGCCAAUGCCAAUGAGGAAUUCCUAGAGUCUAAGCCAAAACAGUACACAAUAGUACUGGCUGUGAUGUAUGGCGUGCUUGUACUAGAGGUUACACUGUCAAUACUAUUCUACCUGGGUUGCAUCGCUGUGUGCGGCGAGAAGCGGAACGAGAGCCGUUCACGCAGACAGUCACGGCAAUCCACCAGCCGCCUACUGAACGGGCGAAAAGCAUCAACACAGUCGGCUGACAGACAGGCUACUGAGGCAGCCGAACAGCCGAAACCCAAGAAACCAGCAAGUCUGGACGUGUAUUUGCCGAAUGAUGACUUUGCCAAUGCCCCGCCAGCAACCGGUGGGUCCUCUGGUGGCAUGAUUUCAUCACGUGCACGUCCAUCCAGUCAGGUAUUCGAUACGGCCGCGUCACCAAUGUCUAUCAACGCACCUCUGUAAUUCAAACACAUCUACAGUCAUCUGUCAAUACACUGCAUCGUCAAUGACUCUAUGAUACGAGAGCAGUAGUCACUGAGAAGCACUGUCACGGUUUGCUGGUCAAUACCAUGGCAUGAUGGGCUGAUGCCAUGCAUUUACUUUUCGCGUUAUCAUAUUAACAUCUGUGACCAUUGCCCCAUUGGGUUACGGCUGGACAAAACAGAAAGACACAAUUCCUUUAUCUGAGAGUUAUUUAAAUUAUUCUCUUUCUUACUUAGAAGCUGCGACUUCGGCGGUAAUAGUCAUGAAGUUGGUUGCUCCAACGAGGAGCACACGCUCCUCGCUCCUCCACGCUCCUCGUGUGCUCCUCGUUGGAGCAACCAACUUUAUUCUCUUUCUUGCUGGGUGUAUUUCAAAUUUUUCAAGGGGAGUAUUUUACUUAAAAGUCGUUGUUACAAGUAAUCCGAUAUUGGAUUUUUUGAGGUUUGCCUCUUGCAUUCAGGCUGUGUACCUGCUUUAUGAUUUCGGCAUGUUUAUUUUGGCCAAGAAGGGCUAGAGGCAG